AUGGCUACCAAGGAGUACGCUCUUCUCUGCCUCGAGAACCCUCUUCUCGAUAUCCAGGCCUUCGGCGACGAUGCUCUUCUUGAGAAGUACGGCCUCAAGGCCAACGAUGCCAUCCUCGCCGAGGAUAAGCACCUCCCCAUCUACGAGGACCUCCUGAACAACUACGACGCCAAGCUCCUCGCCGGCGGCGCUGCCCAGAACUCCGCCCGCGGAGCCCAGGUCGAGUACCGCGUCGACCCCAAGGCCCCUACCGGAAGGUGCGGCGCCAUCAUCACCGGCCACAACCGGUCUCUCUGCACCGCCCUCGACGCUGCCAACAACUAUGACCUCGACCACUUGAAGAAGCCCGAGAUCUGGGCUCUCGCCCAGAACGCCGAUAUCUUCUACGUCGGUGGUUUCCACUUCACCGUCUGCCCUCCCGCCAUCAUGGAGCUCGGUAAGCUCGCGGCCGCUGAGAACAAGGCUUUCAUCGUCAACCUCUCCGCUCCCUUCAUUCCCCAGUUCUUCAAGGACGUCGUCGACGCCUCCGCCCCCUACUGGGACUACAUCAUCGGCAACGAGACCGAGGACGUCGCCAAGCACCUCGCCAACCUCCCCAAGGAGAACUCCCAGCGCAAGCGUGUCGCCAUCGUCACCCAGGGCACCGACCCCACCCUCAUCGCCGUCCAGGGUGAGGACACUAUCCGCGAGAUCCCCGUCCACGCCAUCGAGAAGGACAAGAUCGUCGACACCAACGGUGCCGGUGAUGCCUUUGCCGGUGGCUUCCUCGCCGGUCUCGUCGAGGGCAAGCCUCUCGAGACCGCCGUCGACAUGGGCCAGUGGCUCGCCCGCCUCAGCAUCCAGGAGCUUGGCCCUUCCUUCCCCACCCCCAAGCAAGCCUAUACUUCCCAAUAG